GGAAAUGUGAUUUGUGCAGAACAACAUCAUCAUGUCAUUUUGUGAGUGUUUUACCGGUAAAUCAGAAAUAAUGGAUAGAGCAGCUGGACAAGCACGUCUUGUAAACUUUCGAUUACUUUAUCUGAUAACACAAUUAAUAGGAGCAUUUUUGCUUUUAUUGGUGAUCUCAUGGGUGCUUAUUCAUCUCAAUGGACUGGGAUAUAAUUAUGAUAAGCCAAAGAUUAUCUUCAAUUGGCAUCCAAUUUGUAUGUCUUUUGGAAUGAUUUUUCUGUAUGGAAACUCAAUUCUGAUCUAUCGAGGCUUCCGAUAUGCAAGAAAACGAAGCUUGAAAGUCACUCAUGCUACAAUUCAUGCUCUUGCAUUCGUAUUUACCGUUUUUGGACUGAUUGCUGUAUUUGAUUCUCACAAUUAUGCAGUUCCAAAAAUUCCAAAUUUGUAUUCUCUUCAUUCAUGGAUUGGAAUUACAGCUGUUGUUGUAUUUUCAUGCCAAUAUGUCUUUGGAUUCUUCUGUUAUCUCUUUCCAAAGGUCAAGGAAACAUUCAGAAUCUUUUACAUGCCUAUUCAUGUAUUUUUCGGACUUCUUGGAUUCAUCCUCGCCCUUAUUGCUACUUUUAUGGGAUUGACAGAGAAAGCAAUGUUUACAAUGAAGAAUUAUCAGGAUAUGCCUAGUGAAGCUUUAUUGGUCAACUCUAUUGGUCUCAUGACUGCACUUUUUGGAUCAAUGGUUAUCUAUCUUGUUACAGAACAAAGCUACAAACGUGAAGCACUUCCAGAAGAUGCUAUGCUGUUAACAGGAGCUCAGGAAUAAAUAAAUUCAUAAUUUCUACACGUACAAUCUUUUUAUUUGGUGUUUAUUUUCAAAACAUAUUAAAUUAUGAAUGUUCAAUGGAUUUAUGACAAGAUAUAUGCACGAUAUUUACAUAAUCAGUAGCUUCUAUUUCUACAAACCAAAUAAUUUUUUAUCUUCUCUUCACGAAAAAGUCAUUCUUCAUGUUGAUUCCAAACCUAAUCAAGCAGCCAGCCAGCACAAAAUAAUUGUUAUAAACGAGAUAAAAAUUCUAUAUGACGAAUUGACUUUUUCCUCAUGAAAAAAGGAUGUGAAAAGUGCACGGUAUGAUGGAAUUUUAUUUAUAUUUAUACACCUAUAUACCUAAAUUAAGACUUAAGACUGUAAAAAAUUAUAAAUAUCUUCCCUAUGAGAUUGUUCAUGUUACGAGAAAGACAUAAAGUUUUAUUCAGCAUCAUUAAA